AUGAAGCUGGAGGCUGGCUGUGGCGUAGCCACCUCAGAGGUCCCCAAGCCGGAAGGAGAGGUGCAGCCAGAUGCGGAGCCAGGCUCAGAGAUCCAGCCACAAGAGGCAGGGGCCAAGUCCAGGUCUGGAUCCGGGCCUUAGGCCGAGGCCAAGCCAUUGGACUUCGUGGUGGCCACAGAACGGGAGUUUCAGGAGGUGCUGGCUAUCUCAGAGGGCAUCUGUGGCCGCUACUACCUUCCCACCCGCUACCACAGCUGGCUCCGGGAUCCCAACUGCACCACGGCGCUGGCCAAUCGCAAGAGAGGAGUGGUGAGAGCCCGGGGGGGGGGCAGGGGCAGGCCUCGGUCAGCAGAUCGCGCUGGAGUCAUGCAUGUGAUGGACGUCAGGGAGAUGGUGCCGGUGGAGGGGCUGCGCGUGGCGCCCCAGGAGUGCGGCAGGGGCGUGGCCGGGCUGCCCCAGCGCUUCUGCUCACAGCUGGCCAAACGACAGCACCCGGGGGUCAAGGUAGCGCGACUCACCCAGGACGACCGGCUGGGCCCCCGGGAGCUGAAGAACUACCGCCUCAUCACCAAGCAGGGCAUCCUUUUGGUCUGAUUCCACGCGCAGCUGGCGGCGCUGCAGGCCUCCGGCACCUUCUCCCCGCUGCCCACCACCAAGGCCGUGUCGGAGGCGGGCCUCCUGUUGCCCUCUGUGCAGCGCGACGUGCUUUCGGGCGGGACCAUCAUCCUGGACCGGCAGCCCUACCGGCCGAGCGAGAGCAACCUGUGCCUGCUGGCGGCCACAGGCCCGGAGUGGCGCGGGUACAGCCGCGCGCGCCCGCGCGUGCUCACGCUGUGCACGCGCCCCUUCCCCAUCCCGCGUGGCGGCGAAGGCACGUGGCGCCACCUCAACACCGAUGAGUUCGGCAGCGACGGCGCGCAGGCGCAGAGCCAGCUUCUGUGGCACCUGCUGCGCCAGGCCCGGCGCCUCGCCCGCCUCAACGUCCUGUGCCAGGUCUCCCUGCCACCCUACUUGUGAUGACAGCCUGCGGACUUCCGCCAGGCCGGCUUGGGGCUAGAGCUGGUCAAGGGUUAUACUGAACGGGACCUGCUGGAGGCCGACAUCUGA